AUGUCCUGGCACAAGGUCAGAUCGUUCCUGUACAGUCUGUCCCGCAGGAAGCCUCUAGAGCCAAAAGGUGAAGUGUCCACAUUCCGGCGUUGUCUCAGCACAGUAGACCUGGUGGCCUUUGGUGUGGGCAGCACACUCGGGGCUGGCGUCUACGUGCUCUCGGGUGAGGUUGCCAGAUAUCUGUCUGGCCCCAGCAUCAUCAUCUCAUUCCUCAUCGCUGCUCUGGCCUCCUUCUUCUCCGGACUCUGCUAUGCUGAAUUCGGCUCCCGCGUGCCCAAGACAGGAUCAGCCUACCUCUACAGCUACGUGACUGUGGGUGAGGUGUGGGCUUUCAUCACUGGGUGGAACCUGCUGCUCUCCUAUGUCAUAGGUGCCUCCAGCGUGGCCCGAGCCUGGAGUGGCACAUUUGAUGGCAUGAUUGGAAAUGUGAUGUCAAAUUACUUCAGCAAACAUGCAGCCAUGUACGUGCCAGGCUUGGCUCCUUACCCGGACCUGUUUGCAGCUGGCCUCAUUAUGCUUCUCGCUGGUAUUCUUGCAUUUGGUGUGAAAGAAUCAAUGACUGUCAACAAGAUCUUCACAAGCAUUAACACACUGGUAUUGGCGUUCGUCAUCCUCAGUGGCUUCAUCAAGGGGAAACUGGUGAACUGGUACAUCAGCAAGGAAACGUUAGUGAACGUCACAGCAGAACUUGAAAACCUGACAUCCACACUGAACGUGACCUCUGAGUUUGGGCAUGGCGGGUUUUUCCCCUACGGCUUUGAGGGCACGCUGGCUGGAGCUGCGACUUGUUUCUAUGCAUUUGUAGGGUUUGACUGCAUUGCAACUAUGGGCGAGGAGGUGAACAACCCUCAGAAGUCCAUCCCGCUGAGUAUCGUUUUUGCACUGCUCAUCUGUUUCCUGGCUUAUUUCGGCGUUUCAGCCGCUCUGACGCUAAUGAUGCCCUACUACUUGCUGAAUGUUCACAGCCCUCUGCCAGUCGCCUUCGCCUAUGUGGGCUGGGGCGCCGCUAAGUACGUCGUUGCUGUGGGAUCCCUGUGUGCACUUUCUACUUGUUUGCUGGGAUCCAUGUUCCCGAUGCCUCGAGUGAUCUUCGCCAUGGCUAGAGACGGCCUCCUGUUUAAAGUGCUGUGUAAAGUCAGCUCGAGGAAAAGUCCUACCAUAGCCACCAUCGUCUCUGGAUCUGUCGCAGCUCUAAUGGCGCUGUUAUUCGACCUGAAGGUGCUGGUUGAUAUGAUGUCAAUUGGGACUCUGUUCGCCUACACACUCGUGGCCAUUUGUAUUCUCAUACUGAGGUACCGUGAGCAUGAAUCUGCACAGAAUGAAAUAAACUUCAUUUCAAAUGCAAAGUUUGGAUUUUUAAAGCCUCCGUCAUACCCAACCAAGGAAACCUCAAACACUGUCAACAUCUGCACCAUGUUUAUCAUCGUCAUGGUGGUGGUUAUGACCCUCCUGCUGUCCAAAACCAUUGCAUCACUACUGCUGCUGGAGGUCUGGAUUCUGGUGUGUGUGUCUGUGAUCCUCUUCAUAAUGGUCCUGUGCAUACUGCUGAUCUGGAGGCAGCCUCAGAAUCCCACUAAAGCAGCCUUCAUGGUGCCUUUUCUGCCUUUACUUCCGGUGGUGAGUACAUUCAUCAACACUUACCUGAUGGUUCAGCUUGGAGGCGCCACCUGGAUUCGCUACGCCGUCUGGAUGGCUGUGGGAUUCCUGAUCUACUUCGGUUACGGUGUGAGGAACAGCGUCCAGAAACAGAGGCUGCUGGGAAACAUGAGCAAUGUGGAAACGACAGGGGAACUCCCCUAG